GAGACACCCAUUUGCCCAUUGGAACUCAAACUUAAAAAAGAUCCUAUCCCUAAAAGCAUUUACUAGGGUUCCCUAUUCUUCAACGGCCAUUCCCACCUUGAGCCCCCGAGCCUAAAGCCUAAAUCUUCCACACGCCUUUUGGCUUCUAUCUAUUUACUCCUCCAUCUCAACCUUCAGCUAUCAAUCCAAACCAACAAAACCAGAGCUUGCAACACAAAGAGAUGGCUAAUAAGACUCCCAUAUUCCCUAUGCCAGAGCCUCAUCACUACAGCGACUAUGGCUUUGACCCCCAAAUCGACUACUUUCAGUUCUUGGAGGAAGCAAGAAGGCACAAGCGUGACACUGCGAGGCCCGUAGAUUCAUUGCAUUUCAAGCUCCAAAAACCCAUUUCCAAAGAUGAAUCUAACAGAAAGAUCCACAAGAACAAGAAGAAGCGUUGGUGGAGAAAAGCCUUCUUAUUUUUCAAACGGAGGUGGAAUAAUGAUCUUGCCGAUGAACAAAUACAUAAAGUCAGGGCUCGAGCAUUCAGGGGAUCAAUAUCGGGUCCUGUGUACAUAACUGAAAGCAGAAGUGGGUCAAGCACUCCGUACAGGACUACUAGCCGCCCAUCGUCGGGCCCGCUCGCCGGAACCCUGACUGCGGCUAGUAAGGGUGAUUUAGAUAUACCUUAUUUGAGUCUGAGAGAUCUAAACAUGGAGCAUCAACAGCAGAGGAUUUCCACUUCUGCCAUGCCAAUAUAUUUGGUCACUUAAUGUUUCAAAGUAUUUGAGCUCGGGGCAGCUUUUUCUUGAGGAUGUUACUUACUAGUGACUACUUCUUGUUUGGUCGUUGUGGGUGUGAGCUUGCUUUGGGGAAUUAAACAUUAGCAUUAUUAUCUUCUUGGGUUUCUCCUUUUUUUUCUUUUUUUUUUACCCCCAGGUUUUGCAAAGUGCAAACUGCAAAAGGUGUUUGAUCAUUUUGGAAUUUGGAGGAUGCAUGUUUGGAAUGGAUCCUCCUUUUAAGUGCUUGUUGCUCACUUUAUUGAUUUCUGCAACUAAUAGGUUACUCGGUCUUCAGUGGUUUGACUGAUCCCUUCACUCAUUUUUUUUUUAAUUCUCCAACUUUCACGAGGCUGUUAGUUUAGUGGUUGGCUUGCAGUAAAAUGUAAGAAAAUCCAUUGAUGGAUCUUAGGUAGGCCUUUCUCCUUUGCCUUGGGGUUUGUAUUUUCAAACGGUAAAUGAUACUCUCUGUUUAUUAUUUUUAGAUCUGGAGAUGGCUACCCCGUUGGUUUAUUGUAUUGGCCUAUAUAAAUUUAUAAGAGAAAUAUUAAUAACUUGUUCAAA